ACCGGUGGCGACACAUUGCGCAUGCGCCAACGGUCGAGUGAUUAACGAGUUCUCUCGUUGGCGCAGAUGCCAGGGGAGCGAGAACGCUGGGCGAGCAAGUUCGAGUUCGUGCUCGCCUGCGUCGGCCUCUCCGUCGGCUUGGGCAACAUAUGGAGGUUUCCCUACCUCGUCUACGAGAACGGAGGAGCGGCCUUCCUGAUCCCGUAUAUCAUCAUCGUGGCGCUCAUUGGCCGGCCGAUGUACUACAUGGAGCUCGUUUUCGGACAGUUCGGCGGUGGUGGCGCCGUCGCGGCCUUCAACUCGAUGCCCCUGGCGCAAGGUGUGGGGCUGUGCAUGCCGUACGCGUGCUUCGGUAUCGCCAUCUACUACAACGUCAUAUUGGCGUACGCGCUGCUGUACGCCUACUACUCGUGCUACAAGGUGCUGCCGUGGUCCUUCUGCGACCCGGCCUGGGCCGACGAGAACUGCUACGUGCGAGGCGCCAACGCGCGCGUACCGUGUUCCCGAGUGGACCGCGAGCUCUUCGAGACGUUCGAGCACGCCAACUCAACCGAUAAAGACGCCGUGCCGGUCAAGUGGCUGGACAAGGUGGUUAUGGUCGAAAACAAGACCUACAGGGUGGCCCUCGCGAACUGCACCAACGCAACGGAGCCCGCCACGCAGCAGUUUUUUUGUGCCCGUGCUGUCCACUCGUGUCCCUUUGACCCGUCCAUCUGUAGCACUCUUAACAUGUUCCACCAAAUAUUGAGCAGCGUGCAUCAUGUUGUGUAUCGGUUACACGCUCGGCGUCGGACGGUGCUUUCCAGGAAACACGUAGUGAACUUGAGCGACGGCAUCGAUAACCUAGGCGAGGUACAGCCCAAGCUGCUCGUCUGUCUGCUGAUCGCCUGGAUCUGCAUCUUCCUGUGCGUCUUCAAGGGCAUCAAGUCGUCCGGCAAGGUGGUGAUGGUGUCGGCCACCGUGCCAUUCUUCAUCCUCGGCGCUUUUCUGAUACGCGGCGUGACGCUGCCCGGCGCGUGGAUGGGACUCCAGUUCUACUUCAUCCCCGAAUGGUCCAAGGUCUUAGCAUUCGAGGUGUGGCAGAAGGCAGCGCAGCAGGUGUUCUUCUCGCUGGGCGUGAGCCAGGGCGUGAUCUUCUGCCUCGGCAGCUACAACGACUUCAGGAACACGCUUUACACCGACGUGUACAUUAUAGCCCUGGCGGAUCUGCUGGUGAGCUUCCUCGCUGGCAUGGCAGUGUUCUCCGUGCUGGGAAACAUGGCGUACGUGCUCGGCGAGAAAGUCUCCGACGUCGCCUCGGGAGGCUUCGCUCUGGCAUUCAUCACGUAUCCAGAAGCCGUGACCGUGAUCACGUUCCCACACCUCUGGGCCUUCGCCUUCUUCGUCAUGCUCUUCUUCCUCGCCGUGGAUUCCGAGUUCGGCUUGGUGGAGGGCCUCCUGACACCCCUGAAGGACGCUUAUCCAGUCAUGCAGGAGCACCUGACGUUGUUGGGAUUCUUAGUCUGCACGUUGGGCUUCAUCCUGGGAGUUCCCAUGACCACCAGAGUACGCGUUACGAGCAGGCCGUUUUUCUUUUUAAACACGUUUGUCCGCAGGCGUGAUUUGCACUAA